AUGUCCAAUCUUUCCGAUACAUCGCGUCUCAAGGCCACCGUGUUUGUCGGCGGCCUAGACCAAGCAGUGACGCAGCAAACACUCUUCCAUGCCUUCUUACCGUUUGGCGACAUUGUCGAAGUAAAUCUUCCAAAGCCAGAUAUACCAAAGGAAAAUGAACAACAUCGGGGCUUUGGUUAUGUCGAAUUCGAGUCGGCUUCUGACGCAAUAGAUGCCAUUGAUAACAUGGACCGAAGUGAGCUGUACGGCUCAGUCAUCAAGGUUGCAGCAGCCAAGCCUCAGAAGGAUGCAAAUGAGGGACUGGGAAGCAAGACAGCGAUUUGGGAACAGGCACCUAAGCAUGCCGUGAGCGAAGAGGAGCGCCAGGCUACUGACGGACAGGAACAGUCGAACGGCCCUAUGGAUCCCAUGCAGGGCCUGGAAGGGCUCGACGAAGCAGGACCAAAGCCGGUGUGA